GAGCAAUAAUAGACAAAAUGCAAGUAGGUUCAACAUCAGCUUCAUAAGGCAAUGCGGCAUGUGGCUUGGGUUGGGGUGUGGGUUGGGGGAAAACAUUCAAGGCACCAUCUCGGAUGAGUUUGGGUUGGGGCGUGGCCCCUGGGCUUGGGUUUCAAGCCGGGCGUGGGGCGGGGGAAGGGAGCUGACAUGGCGGGCUGUGUAUGGCCAAAAGAAAAGAGCCGUUGGGCUAGCCGUUGGCCAACAGCUAUAUUAAAAAAAAAAUUAAUUUUUUCUUCCAUUUUUUCACUAUAAAACUCACAUUUUUCUUCCAUUUUUUACCACAUUCAACCACAUCUUCUAUACAUCUUCAAUUCUUGUUCUACAAAACGAAAAAAUGCAUCCUUACAACCGUCCUUUUGACCCGAGCAGCCCGUAUGGAUUCCAAGAAAAUAAUCCUAGCCCACCACCUACUCGUCCAAUAGCUCGUUCAUUUUUCAUACACUCUCCUAUGCCCGACGUGGCGGGUUAUGCAUCAUAUAUCGGGAAUCGUUUAUUUACUAACUUCACACACACCGACGAUUCGAUACCUACCCCGUUUUCACAAUCGCCCAUCGACCUUUCACCAACCUUCAUCGACCUUUCACAAAACGAAUCCGUUCCCGAAACUCAACCACCCAAUGAAGGUCCUUCCGCAUCGAAACCCAUCAAAAAGAGAAGUCAUAAGAAAAAAAACCGAGGAGGAUAAAGUAGUUGAAACCGCCAAACGAAAACAACAAAAAUGGGUCGUUGCUGAAGAAGUUGCAUUGGCGAGCGCUUGGUGUGAACAAUCUCAACAUUCAACUUUAGGAAAUUCGCAACAUCGAACGCCCUGUGGGAAUCUGUUAGUAGACUAUUCAAUGAAGAAAUGGGUAGGGAGACUUAUCGUGAAAACGAUAGCUUAUCCUCAAAGUGGAGCGAGAUAAGCACCCAACUUACAAAAUUUAGCGGUUUUUUAAAUAAAGCAAAGCAAAACCCUAAAAGUGGUGAAACCGAAGCCGACAUUUUGACAAAUGCAGUGGUCACAUUCAAAUCAAAUAUGAAGACCGACUUCCGUUUCUUGCAUUGUUGGGAGAUUUGUAAGUUCCAUCCAAAGUGGGCGACUAUCCCCAUUGGUAGCGAAACUAACUCGUCUUCCAAAAGGUCAAGGGUCUCGUCCCAAGCCCAAUCUGAUGCACGAGAUCAAGAGUUUGAGGACCUUUUGGAUGAUUCGCCAGGCCCAAACCGGCCUAAGUAUGGAAGAAAUGCCUCAAGAAGGCGUGCUCAAAAAUCUAGAUCUGAUACGGCAUCGCCUUCAGCUGGGAGUUCUGGCUCGCGUAGGGGAUUAUACAGCGACCAAUUGGAUGACAUUUCAUGCAAGUUGGAUACAUUCAACGUAUUCCAACAACAAAGGGCCGAAAUACGAAGGAGCAAAGAAGCUAGAGAUGCCGCUAGAGAUGCCCAGAAACAAAAAUGGGAUGAUUUGAAAUUUCUAUCCCAGCCCAUUGAUCACCUACAGGGUGACGAGUUAGAACUAGUCUUGGCAUUGAGAGAAGAGAUAAAAAACAAAUAUAAAAGUUAAGAAUUUUUUUUUGUAAUUUUCUUUAUUUAAAAAUAUUAAAAAAAUUAAAUUUGUUGUUUUAAAUAAUAUUGAAAUAGCCCAGCGGGUCAGCCCAGCGAAGCCCACCAAACCCACGCCCCAAACCCCCGCCCCACCAUACCGUGUUGAAUGUGGGUUUAGCCUAUGUCUGCCACCCAUUCCACGUGUCAACCAAUGCCCAACCUACGCCCCAACCCAAGCCCAACCAUACCUCACGGUCUAAGCUACCUGCACUUCAAAAGUAUAGUUGGAUAUUUUUAUCAAAUAUAGAUCCAUAAAAAGAAGUCUAAGAUUUGCCAAAUUACAAAUUUUCGUUAAGCAACACGUGAAACAAUCCAACAAGAUGUGUAACGUAGUGUCUUUUACGAGUGACAAAUUGACAAUAGUAGUUUAGUAGCCAAAGGCGCACGCCUAAGCACAGAGGCGCCUUCCCCUCACAUAGAUGCAAGGUAUGGAACUUUCAAGAGCAAAAUCAAGCGCAUGCCUGUGGUUAAGAUUCAAUCUUAUUUUGUUUGGGUUUUAACCAUUUCAUUGAUGAUGAUAAAUAAUGGAUCUUGCUUUCUUUUGCAUUGAUAUUU